CUCAAGAUGGCCGCGCCCAGUGGCACCAUGAGCGGUUCAGAGAGCAGUAGCAGUAGCGAUGCGGAGGAGCUGGCGCGGUGCCGCGAGGCAGCUCUGCCGGCCUGGGGCUUGGAGCAGCCUCCGCGGAGAGCGGAAAAACCAAGAGCCGGUGCUGCAGAGAAGCAAGUGCCAGCCUCCCAGCCAAGCCUCAGGUACUGCGCAGUUCAGACAGCAGUUGCAUUUGCCCUUUGUAUCCUGUGUGUGUGUUGUAGGCAUAAGGUGGAUGAGCACGAGCAAGAUGGCAACGAGCUGCAGACCACCCCCGAGUUCCGAGCCCACAUAGCCAAGAAGCUGGGUGCGCUGCUGGACAGCUGCAUCACCAUCUCAGAAGUAGUAAAGGAGCCGAGAAAAGCUAAGAUUCAGGAAGUGGCCUCCCAGGACAAUGGCUUCCGCCUCUUCUUCACAUCCAUCCCCAGAGGCCCUGAGGAGGAGGCUGCUCCCCGGCCCUGCCGAAAGCGACAGCCCUCCAGCUCCAGCGAGGACAGCACUGAGGAGUGGCAGCGGUGCCGGGAGGCUGCUGUGUCAGCCAGCGACAUUCUCCAGGAGUCAGCUCUCCACAGCCCUGUCCAGGGGGAGAAGGAGGCCAAGAAGAAGAAAAAGAAGCUGAAAAAGAAAGCCAAGAAGGUGGCCAGCAUUGACCCGGCCGAGACUACCACCCAAUCCAGUGGAGCAGCAGUCCAGAAACAGGAGAAAGAGUUGGGUGCAGUCAUCGGGGACCAGGUGUCACCUGGGCCCAAAAAGAAGAGAAGGAAGAAGAAAGCGAAGAGUGCAGCUGCUAUGCCUGCACACUGACCCUGGGUGCCGCACCCCCUGGCUCCACGGAUGGGGCUGCCAAGAAGGACAAGGCAUUCCCGUGCCUAUUUCUCCAAGUUCAAGCACUUGGUUGGCAAGCCAGACUCCAUCCCUCUGUGCUCCUGCUGGGGCUGGAUAGACCUGUAGCCCCGGAACAGUGCUGGCCUCAGCUAUUCAAGACUAAAGGCCAAGGAGAUGUGCCCCCACAUCCCCAAGACUGUCCUUGGUGGACAAGUAAAGGAAGAUCUUCCACUGCACAUGGUGACGCACACCUCCGAUUCCAGCACUCGGGAGGCUAAGGCAGGAGGCUCACCAUGAGUUCAAGACAAUCCUGACCUAUACAAUGAGUCCUUGUCUCAAAACAUACAGGAAGGGGGGAGACCUUUCUCCCUCCCCAGCUGAUUAUGAAACACAGAUUUUUAGGGAAUGAGGGAAGGGGUCCCCAAGACACACAUGUAUACUUCUACCCCCAACACAGAGAAUUGACAGAACAUUCUCAGGCAAGGGAAGAGAAGGUCUUUUGCCCUCCUAUUUUCCAGAAUUCCCUUUUUCUGCCUGGUGAUUUUAUGGGUACAGCAAUGUGUCUGAGCCAACUGGCCCAUCAGAAAUGAGUUGUCAGGGGGCCCAGAACCC